AUGGCUGCAGUCCAACCCCCAACAGACGGUCCUCUCAUCACUGAUAACGACCACGAACUCGAGCCACCAAAAAGUGAAAGCCAAUCAUCGCCAGAUGCCUCUGAAGACGUUAAUAAAGAGCCAGCUCAGGUGUACAGCCAACCUUCCCCUUCUCUCAGAAUAUAUUCUCGACCUCAAAUUCUUGCGUUAUCCAAAUCUCCUCUCGUAUGUGUGCCUCCAAAUAUGCCAGAACUAAGGGAUUGGUUCGGGUUCGUCAUUCUGUCAACUACCCAAUUUUUCCGUUUCAAUGAGCCAUCUUUUAGUGCGGAAAAUGAACAAAAUCUCUCAAGAAAGGAAUCAGAACCGUUAACACCUAAUAGUGGUCGCGAAAGACGCUUCAGACGCGAUGGCGAAGAGAACGACCAACCUCGUCCUUCCUUCCGCUCUUCAAUGUCCCAGCCGUCUCAGAUGGGCAAUUUCAAACAUCAGUCCAUGCGUACGAAUGACCGAGAUCUGGAAAGAGAAGGCCAAGAAAGAUUGCGCAAUCUUUCAGAAAAGUUCGACCGGGAUCGUUUGAAUGGACCUCUACUGAAUAUACGGACGGAAAAGAGGAACAUUGCUGCAACUAGCUCAAAUCGGAUUCCUUCGCAAUCUCAGGGGACAAUAGCUGCCCGUCGUGCAGAGACACGAGAAACUGCGAAGAAGAAAGUAGGCGAAUCUAAUGAAGAUUGGAGGAGAGGUGUGGAAACUCGUCGGUCGGAACGUAAUGAUCGAGGAGACCGUGACGAGCGUCCUAGAUCUCGCUCACGUCACCGAAGGGAAUCGUCGCUUACGAGGCGUGAUCGCGAGGGCAAAGAAAGAGAGAAAGAAAGAGAUGAUUACAAGCGGGAGCGUGUUGAUAGGGAUCGUGACGACGACGACGAAUCUAGACGAUGGAGAGAUGACGGUCGCAGGGACGAGAGAUUGGCUUCAAGACGAGAGCGCGAACGUGGUCCUAAUAGCAACGGCAAAGACAAAGACCCUAAUGCCGGUAACCCGAAUGAUCGUCGCUGGACCGUCGUAGAGGAACGUGAUGCGAGGUCGAAACGUAACACUGGAAGGGAUAAAAGGUCAUUUCCUGAAGAAGCUAGAACUGAUGAUCGUCGUGGCGACCGCGAAAAAGAGAAGGAACCGGCCUGGAUGGAUACUUAUGUCCCAUCAUCCUCUACGGGAGGUAUCCUUGGCAGCAAAGGCAAUGAAGGAGAGCUCGAUGGAAUUCAAGCUUGGAAGAAGAACUUGAAGGAGAAGGAACAGAAAGCCAAGACUGCUCCAGUGGCUUUUGGGGUUGAUUCUUCCAACGAUUCCCCCACAGUGACUAUAUUAGAGGAGCCUAUGGAUGAGAUACAGCGGUUCAAGAAGAUGAUGGAAGUCGCGCAGAAGCAGAGUUCUGAUCCUCCUAUGAUGGUCGGACCUAUUCUUGGCUUAACAGAUACCCCAAAGCUGUCGUCCACUCGAGACAAUGAUAAUGUCUCUAUACCCAAACUUCCAGAUGCAAACCCCGGUGGUGAGGUGAUCGCCGCCUCAGCAUCUUCCAAGCUUGACAUCGCCUCUGUGCCUGAUCCAUCACGCUCCUUGCUGUCUUUGCUGAACUCUAACCAUGAUGUUCCCCUGUCAACGGACACUGAUCUCACCGCGCCGAAACUUCAUUCUAGGUUACCUCUUGCCGACAAUCCUGCUGACCGACUCAACAUUGAUACCAGUUUCAAUCCUCCCCAAGGUUCUCGCCUUUUAGCUCUCGGUAAUCGGGCCCCUGCGAAGCCCGUGGCUCCCAGCUCUCAAUAUAUGCCCUCUGCUAUUCCUAAUGGCGGACCAACUUCCGCAUCGACGAUUACGCCCAAACCUCAGAUCCCACCCCCACUCACAGGAUUUGUCAACCUUUCUAAUCCACUAACCUUGGCGACGGAGAGCUCAAAGGUAGCUCCGCGUACGCCCUCCAGUUUCUCUCCGUUCGAAGAGCAACGUGAACUCGGUGAUACUUUACGUCGUCAAGUAGGAGAACGAAGUCCUUUCGUCACUGACUCGGCUGGUACCUGGCCCGAUCCUUCUCCUCUCGAUUCUACCAAUGCAGGGCAUGCUAUGGGGAAGGGCAGUCGGUUUGCCAAAUUCUUCGACGGGAAAGGGAAGGAGACGCUGAUAACGGCACCGAACAUACCAAAAGCGCCCACCCCUGUCGGAUUUGUUUCUUCGUCUCCAGGACCUCACGUCAGGCCGGACAGCGGUUUCGGGAAUAUAUCAAACCCUAGUCUCGAGCAGCAUAGAACUGUAGACGAGCUGUUUGCUAAGUUGAAUAUGAAUCCGAUGCAGGGCCAACGCGUUGUAUCUGGCCCGAAUACUGCGUCUUUGAAUCAUGUGCCAUUCAGCCAACAAGCUCAGAGUCAGCUGCAUUCCUUGCAGCAACAGCAUCAACAAAUGCUGCAAAACCAACUACAUAAUGCGGCGCGGCUCGAGCCACUAUACGAGAGUCGAAACUUCGUGCCCGACAACCUAGUUCCUGGCUUACGCUCUGCUCCUCCACCGCGAAACCGAGACAACGGUGGAAUGUACGCCGCCGAUCCAUUAGAUGAUGCGCUACUUCUCAACGCACAGCAACGACUCCCAAUUCAGCAACAGCGGGGGGUUGAACAAUUGUUCGGCGGUUCAAUUCCGGCUUCUUUCGCUCAACAGCAACAACAACUUGCGCGUAUCGCAGGAAUACCGGUACAAGCGCCUCAAUUCCGUGGUGGUCCCUCACCGGUAUCUGCCUCACAAAAUAUGCUACAUACUGCCCAACAGCAGAGAAUGCCUCCUGGACUUGCUAAUCUCGGCGCACGACCUCCCCAUGAUCCGGCACAGUUUAUACCCGCUCCCCUCCACAACGGUCUGCAUAUCAAUGGCCCUCCUCAGCAACCACAGCAAUCGUUCAAUAACUUCCAUCCUACUGGUGGUUUUGGUGGUCCUCAGGGACCGUUGCGCCCUCCCGUCCACCAACUCCAGAACACGAUGAACCAUCAUCAGUUGGCAGGUUUGGGACAUCCGGGAACUCUGGACUCUCGAAAUGCAAAUCAGCAUGCACAACUGUUGGCGCUGGGACUUGGAGGAGCUGGCGGAUUGCGAAACAUCAGUGGAGGUGGAGGUGGAGGUGGAUUUAAUCACCAGGCGGGAAAUUCUCUCCAAAAUCAAAUGCUUGCCAUGCGUCAACAAGCGCAGCAGCAGCAGCUCCAUCCGCAAAUGUUGCCUCACCACCUUUUGCCUCCCCAUCUUCAACAGGGUCCCCCGGUACCUACAGCCCAAACAACGAGUGCUCAGGACCUUAUGGCCCUCCUUAUGGGUGCUCACCGAGAGUAA